UAGGGUUUAAUAGGAAUUGCCAGACAGUGUUGCACGCCAAAAUUUCUAGGUACAAAAAAUGCACGAGUUUCAAUCCACGGACGACGAGUCAGAAAUAACGCACGACGAUUUGGCGGAAUUCGUCCGACUUUUUCCCGCCAUUUCGCUCUGCACCUGUCAUAACCAUGGCAACCGUCAAGAUGUCGUCUGCGAGGACCUGACCACAGACUCUGUUUUUGGCGCGAGUCCAGAGCCGCCCCUUUCUUCUGAAGAGAAGGUGCGCAGGACACUUUCAAGAAGGUCCUCGCGGAGUGGGAUCGAACCCGUGACUCCUGGUACCCCUUCCAGUCAUCAGCACACUCGGAUCCCGAUGCCAACGUUCAAGUCACCGCCUGAGAGAUCGAACUCGGAUGAGAGUGACAGAGACAUCCCCUCGCCUACCAGCUCAUCGGAGAGCUCAUGUUCAAGAUCAAGAAAGGCCAGCUCUUCCGGUGAUCUUUCAAGCUUCGCCAACAUGGAGCGCGAACUCCAGUGCCCGGCAUGUUCGGAGCUGUUCACCCAGCCCCUGGUCCUUCCGUGUCAGCACAACAUCUGCCACCGAUGCGCCAAGGCCAUUCUUUACCGAGACAGUCCGGACACGCCCGCGGUAGGACCGCUGUACAGCGCCGUGCAAAGCCCCAUGCAGAGCCCGCGGUCCGCCCGACAGAGGAAGGCAUCCACACCCGGGCCUUUACAAAGGGUACCAUCUUUCCGCCGGAGGAGUAGUGCCUCCAGAAUAUCCACCCCGACCGGUCCCAAGUCUCCCCCUCCCCUGAAGGAGUUCCCCUGCCCCAAGUGUCAGGAAGGGGUGGAGCUCGGCCCCAAGGGAAUCAAUGGCUUAUACAGGAACUUCAUUCUUGAGACGAUCGUGGAAAGAUACAAGUUCCAAGCCAGGAAAGCCGGCGCCAUCCCCUGUCAAUCAUGUAAGUCACGCCCCCCGGCGGACGCCACCAAAACCUGUCUGGACUGUCAGGCCAGCUUCUGUAACGAGUGUUUCAAGACUGUUCACAUCUGGGGCACCCCUAAAGCUCAGCACGAGUACGUGGGUCCUACCUCCAGCUUCCGCCCGAGGGCGCUGCUGUGCGUCGAACACGAAACGGAAAAGGUGAGCAUGUACUGCGUGGCGUGUAAGAGACCAGUGUGCCACCUGUGCAAACUGGGAGGAUCGCAUGCAAACCACAAGUUUCACCAAAUGAACACCGCAUACAAAAACAUCGAAGAGAAACUGCGAUCGAGUUUGCGGAUUUUGAAAGACAAGCAGCAAAAGGUAGAAGAACAAAAACGUGUGGUGAUGGAGAAGAGGGAGAACAGCAAGAAAGCAGCCAUUCUGGUGAAAGACAACAUCGCGAAAGCCAUCGACUCUCUUCAUUCUAUUUUGGACGACCGGAAGUCAGUUUUGCUAGAGAAAGCGGAAAAGGUGAUGUUUGCACAGGAAAGCGACCUCGACGCCGCUCUCGCCCAGUCUCGCGAGAUGAUGGGGAUCUCGGGGCUGAUCGAGUACGUGGAGCAGGUCCUGAAGGAGAACAAUCACGCCUGCUUCCUCCAGACAGCCACGGGACUCUGCAAAAGGGUUAAAGAAGCCACGGAGAUGCCCCUUCCAGUAGACUUAGACGCGACAGGCGAGUCGCUGACUCUUGACAUCACGAGGGAGGAGGAGAUGCUCUCUCAACUAGACUUUCUGCAAGCUCCAAACAAGGUUGUUCUGCAUACCAACGCCAUGGUAGCUCAGGAUGGACGAGUUGACGUCACAUGGAACCCCCUACCCCCUACGUCAUCACCCGCCGACUCCAUCCACGUGCAGUGCUGGAAAAUGGCGGCGGUAGGUGGGGAUGCCGAAUUGCACGAUGGGACAUCGGAGGCGCCAACACAUGCGCAGACGAUCCGGUGUGUUGACGUCAUUACCUGUCGCUGUGAGCUGUCGGAGUUGGAGUCGGGCGCGUGGUAUGCUUUCCGCGUGCGCGCCUGCAACACGGCGGGACCGGGUCCGUGGAGCGACAUCGGAACCAUCAGGACAUCGCCUGAUCUACAUUUUGACCUUGAAGAUAACUACGACCAUGAUGCUCUGCGUAUUGACAUCAAAGGACGCGCCAUCACCUCCGUCCUGCUGCCGGCCAAGCUUCGUCCUGACAACUCCGUCAAUCAUGUAGUUACCAUGGAAACGCAUUACGUCACCGGUGACGUCAAGAUUACCAGCGGUCACCAUUACUGGGAGGUUAACGUAGGUCGUGACAGUUUCCUGGCGGUUCUCGGUGUAGCAGACGAGGGGGCGAUCCAAACCGAACUCCGCCGACAAAGCGACGCUGACAGCGGCCAUGACAGCUGCGACGAAAACGACCUCCUCGGCGUCACAAGCACCAUGGCAACCGUCACGGUUACCAUGGGAACAUUGGAAGGGGUUGACAAGAGCGUCAAAUGUCGCCAUGGUGACGACUGUGGAUCACGCGUUGGCAUCUUUGUGGACGCCGACGAAGGUGUCGUCCGUUUCUACGACGUCAUGACGAGAAAAAUGGUGAAAGAAUGUUCCGUGAACGCUGGAAAAGUUCUCGUUCCUCUGAUUGGACUGUGUGGACCAGGAAUAGUCCAUUACUAGAUUUAGGGGUUGGGAUUGAGAAGGAGAAGAUUCAAAGAGAAAGGUUAAAGAUGUUCUUGAAUUGAAAAUGUAAUGUUCUACAUGUUAAACACACAAACCUACCCCUUCUAUUUGUAGCAGUAGGCUGGGGCAUAAAAGAGCCAUUCGUAGAGGAGCUUCCCAUAAACGUGUGGCAUCAUCAUUCUAUGUGUACACAGGAGAGUAUCACAAUAGUCUCGAUAUCCUGUAAUUGAUCAGAAAUAUGCUCCUCUGUGAAAGCUUAAGAACCUAAGCCUUUUAAGAACAUUGUAGAACAAUGUAUUUGUCUCUGUUCCCUAACAUCGCAAUUGAGUCAAAGGGCAUGAUUUGGUUUUCUGGUUCAUCUUAUCAUUAAUUGAUGAUGAGUUAUUGACCUGUGUAUUUACUUGUUUAAAAGAACGUUGUGCCGGUGGGGUUGAUAACUUAAGUUAAUAAGUUUGUGAAUUGUGAACGAGAAAACAUGUGGUUGGCAACAAUUUAGUCUGUACGGGGGAGGUGAAUUGGAAUUGUGCGAUCGUUAUGUAAUAGGGAGAGGCAGCACAUUUCAGUUGUUAGUUAAUUACAUAUGGUACAUUGUUUAUUAUCUUUGGCAUGUAAUCAAAAUUUCCCAUCCAUACCCAUGAUAAUCUCUUUACGUGUCAAGUACUAACAAUUGACACAUACCAUAGCUUACUUGUUACAAUAAUGCCGUAUUCUAGCCGAAUAGAAGUUGCGCAAGAAAUAGGGGGUACAUGAUUCUUAACACGCAUGAACAGCGAAUUGCAUUGUAGGUAACAUGUCAAAGGUGAAGGCCCCUACUUGUAAACAGUUCUUGUCACUGCCAUUGCCAGUCUCGAUUUACAUGACAAUGUCCAGGCGUGGUUUGUUUAUGUCUGAGGGGCACCUUUGACAUAUUACUCACACUGAACAUGUGUACUUAAAAUCUUGAACCUCGUUACGAAAUGUUACCAUCCAGUGGGCAUUAAUAUGAUAGUGACGGUAAGGAGCAUUUUAUUGUACAAUUCUGGCAAUAUGUAAAUAGGAUAGGAUUUGAGACUGUAACAUGUGGAGGUAGUUUUCAACAUGUCAGUUUUCGAAUACAUGCCAUGGUGUCUAUA